AUGGCUGGUCGCGUUCUGAGUGACAGUAAACCGAGCGAGCUGCCUCCAAGAGUCUUGCAAGUUUCACAAGGAAAUGUCCGUCUGGUUGAGAGCAAUGGAUUGACUGGGAAAUACGUCGCCCUCAGUUACUGCUGGGGUUCUCCAGUCAAGCCACCGCUUAAAACGCUGAAGAGUAAUUUACAGAGCUACCAACAAGAAAUCCCUUGGCACAAGAUUCCAUCGACCUUCCAGGAUACCAUAACCGUGGCCAGGCGACUAGACAUACCAUAUGUGUGGAUUGACUCUUUGUGCAUUGUCCAAGACGACCAACAGGACUGGCUAUCGCAAUCGAAGCUCAUGGGCUCGAUAUAUGAGCACGCUCAUCUCACAGUUGCCGCAAGUCACGCUGAAGACGCGUGGGUAGGAUUUCUUAGUACUAAACAAGCACAAUUACAGUCUAUUGAGCUCCCCGGCUUCUUUGUGUCUGUGUCAUCCCCAGACGACAAGGAGACUCCAAGGGUCUUUGCAUCAGUGAGAACAGAGCAGGCAGGCGACGUUUUCCCGGAAUUUGGUGUUUUGAACAAGAGAGCAUGGGCAACGCAGGAAUGGCUCCUAUCCCGGCGGAUCGUCUUUUAUACAGCUGGCCAAUUGCUUUGGUCAUGUAAAAGGAUCACUCAACGUGAGACUGGAGAGAGAUGCUUUAGCAUAUCGCGCAAUACUCACUGGAAGAGUGUGGUUGAACAGUACAGCGAUCGUACACUCACAUAUCCUACCGACAAGCUCAUUGCUCUGGAGGGCCUGCGGAUUGAGUCGCAGGGCAAGUAUGGGUAUGAGUAUCUUCAUGGCAUGUGGAAAGACUGUAUGCCAGAUCACUUAAUCUGGCAAGUCACUCGAAAGAUUCAGAAUCCUACGGCCAAUGAUGCGCUGCAGCUGCCAACCUGGUCCUGGGCGCAUGUUUCAUGUGGUGUGAGAUUCUUACCCAUUAGGGGAGCAAAGAACCUUUGUAGUGAUAUUUCAUUUUCUGACGAUGGUACUGAAAUGUCGAUUCGGUCGAUGGUCAAAAUGGCCACGGUGCUGUCAAUUGGCAAUGUUGCCGACUUGACUGGUCCUGGCGCAGACUCCAUUGCUACAGAUGUCCAGUCAACAAAUUCUCAGUUAACAGAAACCAUGGCGAAAUAUAUCAAAGACGGGCAAGGCAACGCAAUUGGAUGGAUCAUUUUUGACGAGUGGAAUGCGACCAUACCCAGCCACGAAGUGUACUGCCUCGCUCUAAUGGGCGGAGCAAGUAAACGCCAAGAAGAAAAAGAGAGACGGACGGGGAUUGCAACAGUGUCAAAAUUACGGCAUUACUGGAUCCUCGCCCUGCGGAAAGCGUCGUCGUCUUCGUCAUCGUCAACAAAGGAAACUGUUUUUGAACGGACCGGAGUCGGCAAAGUCUACGGGCGGGAGUUUUGGGAAAAUGCCGCUAUGAAGACCGUAGUUGCUUUGACAUAA